UGCAGGAAGGACAACAACGACGAACAACAACAACAGCAAUGCAGCAAGGUCGUGCUGUUGCGGGGUUGAGGUGGUGGCGAGCGAGGACGAACGCACCACCGACCAUCAUCCGCAAUACCCACCGCCGCCAAUUUGUUUCGCUGGCGCAGCGAAGCAAGCACCGUCAUUGGUGGCGGCGUCGCAUGAGCACUGGCAGUGAAGGAAAACGUGAUAGUGCCACAGCGCCGACUUCGGCAGCGACACAACCCGGAAACAAGCCGCCCAGGUUAUUCCGACCGCACUUCGUGGCCAGCAACGCACCGGCCGCGCAGGAGGCACUCAUGGCGCUCAAGCUGCGAUACAAGCAGCACGCCCUGCCAAUCCGUAAACAACCCGAAACAACAGGCAGCAGAAUCCCCGUUGUCGGCGCCAAGAACAACGGCAACAGCAACAGCAACGGCAACGGCAGAGACACUGGGGCUGCGCUGCCCAUCGGUGCUGCAGCCACCAGUGACGACGCAACCGCUGGCGAAGGCACGGCGGAUGUGGUCGUGGCCUUGGGCGGCGACGGCUUCCUGCUAUCGCAGCUGCACGGACACGCCAUGAGUGGACUGCCUGUCUUUGGCAUGAAUCGCGGCACCAUUGGAUUUCUCAUGAACGAGUACUUGGAGGAGAUGCUGAUGGAACGGCUGCACGCUGCUGUCUGCCGAACCAUUCACCCACUGCGUCUGCGCACCGUGGACGUGCACGGCCAAGUGACGCACUCGCUCGCCUUCAACGAGGUCUCUGUCUUCAGGCAGACGCGUCAAGCUGCACACGUGUGCGUGAGCAUCGACGGCACGGUGCGCAUCAACCCGCUCAUCAGCGAUGGUAUCCUGGUGGCCACACCGGCUGGCAGCACCGCAUACAACGCGUCGGCCGGCGGCAUCAUGCUCCCGCUCGAUUCCGGGCUGCUCACCCUCACCCCGAUCUGCGCCUUCCGGCCACGGCGACUUCGCGGCGGCGUGCUGCAUCGGCACGCCCGGGUCGCCAUCGAGAACCUGAGCCCAGCCAAGCGGCCCAUAUCGGCCACGGCAGACUUCCACGAGGUGCGGGACGUCGUGCACGUGGAGGUGGAGGAGGCACGCGACAUAUCCUUGCACCUCCUCUACGAUCCUGCACUCGAUAUCGAUGAGAAGGUCUGGCAUGAGCAAGCAGGCUCCCAGUACCUCAUUAAAGGGCCGUCGUGGGAGAAAGCGUGCCCUGACAUUGCACCACAAUGCAAGAUGGUCGAGUCUGCCAAAAGAGAGGGCCUGAAGCCAGAUGCUGUCAUCGGAUAUAACCCUGAUGCAUCCAUCACCAUCUUUGCAACGCGUGAAGCACUCCGGAAAACUCCACCGAGUGACAAGUUCACGUCUGUGGCGUCCUAUCAUCCAGAUGCUGACAUCGACAUCAGCUGGGGCCGCACCCUAAAGACGCCGACCGCCUGGUCCGUCAUGUCCAUCCUCGCAAAGUACCCAUACGAAAAGCGCACGUGCGACGGUAUCUGGGUUGUCUCCAAUAUGGCCAUCUCCAAGCGAAAUCACCUCGCCAAAGUGCUGUCGAACCACCUCAAGUGUGUGCGCGUCUUCAGCAACGGGUGCUCGAAACUUUCGCAUGACAUUGACUGUCGCCCUGGACUCCAGCGAGACCCAGAUGUGGAAUUCAAUGAAAUGGCCAAAUACAAGUUCUACUUUGCGUUUGAGAACGCGAGAUCUGACUAUUAUAUCACGGAGAAAGUGUGGCGCUCCCUGGCAAUCGGCAACAUUCCAAUUGUGUUUGGCGCUCCUCAAAGAAUGCUCCGCCAGAAGCUGCCUCCCAACUCGUUCAUCUCAACAGAUCAGUUUGAUUCAGAGGAGCAGCUUGCCGCCCAUGUCGCCAAGGUGGCGUCGAACAAGACACUGUUCGAAUCAUACCAUGCCUGGCGCAAACACUAUGCGGUGCAAUACUUUCGGUUUGACAUUCCGCCGGCGCUGAAUGCGGAGGGCCAAUAUCCAAAGUUUGGCCCACCCCACCUCGGCUGCCGCCUCUGCAGAUAUGUGGUCGAUAACCACGACAAGCACUUGCCCAAGCUGAGCGGGAGCGAAAUUGCAGCAAAGGUCGGCGAUGUGCUCAUCGACUACUUCAACAACCAGCAAGGCCACACGCCGCACCGCCCGGGCAGCGUGGUGCACGAGCCGCACAUAUCCACGUCACCAGCGCCGUCUGCGACUGGGCAGGCGGGUGGCGGUGGUCUUGACGGCGAGCACGAGGACAAUGGACGGAGCCAGGGCCACGACAGUACAGCAGCAACAGCAACAGAUGGUGAUAAUGAUGAGGAUGGUGGGAGAGAUGGGCCCGGCAGCUGCAGUGGCGGUGCGUGUGGGGCGUUGAGAGAGGAGAUGGAGGCCGAGUUGUCGCGGAUGCGAGAUCUUGUGUCGCUGCAUGCGCUUAAGAUCAACCAGCUGGAGCUGCAAAUCAUGCAACUCAAACAACACAAGCAGCAGCAGGAAGAUGGGAAAGCUGGCGUGUGACGUGCUGCUGUGACGUGUUGAGGGGAGGGGGGGGGUUCACAGUUUACGUUAUGUUGCAUAAGGCAUGAACAGCAGCUUGAACUCUUUGAACUGCGUGUCGUCGAUUCCUUGCUUCUUGUGAACUUGCAAUGCUUGCCCCGUUCAGCACAUUCUGCCCGGCAUGAACCAGUCAUUGUCUCUGCCAAUUGCACACAUCAAACCUUGCAUGGUACAUGCGUUAUCUUCUCUCCGGCUGCUACUCGCUUGCUUGCUUGCAUGCAUGCAUGUUUGCUUCUUACUCGCUUGCUUGGUCGGUCGUUACACUGUUUGUCGUGGCGGCUGAGGUGGAUUGGAUUUGCAGCAAUC